AUGCCCCUAUCAGAGCUUUGAAUCCAUCGUUGUCCCCGUCGUGGGUUUAUAUUUUGUGACCGUAGUCGAGGUGGGAAUCUUGGCAGCGCUUCCUCAGUCGGGAUCAUGCCUAGGAUGCACAAGCAUGACGAGACUACCACCCGACCCAGAGGUACCCCUUUACGGCAACACAGGAAGGCGCUCAGAUUUGCCAGUUUCGGCGCAGUGGCGACUUUCCCGGACUCGGGGUGGGUCGCGCGCCCUUGCAUCGAAGGGCGGCACGGCUGCCUUAGUUCGCUCACUUACAAGCGUUACACAUGGUUAAUAAAUUCCCGGCGCCUGGAUCUCGUUCAUCCAGGCAAACCCUCAACUCAACAUCAACGUCUUCAUCAUGACUUUACACUCAAUCCUUGGUAUUCCCCGUGUCAAAAAGCGAUCAUCAUCAUCCUCGGCCAAACGCAACUCCUCACCAUGGACCUCCUCCCUCACCGGAACAAAGAGCGGCACAAUGCCCCUUUCCUCUUCCCCCUCCCCCUCCCCCUCCAGACGCAAAUUUCGAAACAAUAACGGCACCAACCAGAACAACAACACACAAGUCGAACUCCCAAACCAAGGUCCCACCCUUCCCUUCCUCCCAGUCUCCCUCUCAACCCUCCCCCUCCGCACCCCUCUCCAAAUCCAUAACCUGAUCCUGACAACCAUGUUCGACCCCCUCCCCGCCUACAGCGCAGGCCUGGGCUCGGCACGAAUCUCUGCCGUCCUCCAGUUUCGCGCCGCCGUGCCGCCCGUGGUCUCGGCCUCGCACCUGCGCGCGCUGCUGCUCGCGUCGGGCGUCGCCAAGUCGCCUGCCGCGGCCGAGAGGGAGGUUGCGGGACUGGUGCGUAGUGGGAACGGGAGGAGGGUGGUUAUUCCUACGUUGAUGGGAAGGAGGAGCAGCGGGAGGGAGGGGGAGUUGUUUGUUCUGAGUGAGACUCUCGAGGGGAUGGUGAGGGACUGUCGAGGGUUGGGGGAGGGGGUGAAAGAACGGUUUGUGAAGUGGUUGAGGGCGAAUCCCGGGCGGUUGAGGGUGGAGCAGGGGGAGGAGGGGUUGGUGGCGAGCGAGGUGGAUGCGUUGGUGAGGGCUGGGUUUUUGACGGCGGUGAAUGGCGGUGGUGGGAGUCUAGGGCUGCGUGCCCGGCCCGAGGAGAGGUAUGCCAUGAUCAGUCUGGAGUCGGUGUCUCGCGCGGCUGCUGGGUCGGUGGCCGCCGCGGGUGGCGAGGGUGUGCUGCACGCCGCCGGUGGAACUGGGGUCCGGGGUAUGGCAGGGCCGGUCCCAGCGGGCUCCAGUGAGUUCAACGUUGCGGUCCCUGGGAGCGGGGUGUUUGUCAAGCUGGUGUCGGCAGCGCUGGAGCACCUUGGCGAACUGCUUAGAAAGACACAGUACCGCGAGAUGCCGGAGUCAGAUCUUCGAGAGAAGUGGGAUGGCGGUAUUGUUGGGGAGAGCCAGGUAGCUCAGGCUAAGAAGGCGCGGGGCGAGUUUACGGGCGUCAUGCCCGGGAGGACGAAGAAGUGGAAGGAACUCCAGGGGUUGGCGUUCAACUGGGUGCUACAGGAGGCCGUUGGUGCCGGCUUAGUCGAAGUCUUGGAGACAAGGAGUGUAGGGCGUGCCGUCCGGUUACUUUGACCCGGGCCAGCUUGCAGUUCGGUUUCCCAGAAGCGGCCACUCAUCCAGGGAACGUCAUUCGCGGUCCGAAGAGUUCCUUCGGAGCCACUGAGCAUGUCACGUUGCU